ACGCGUCUCUAUGAGGCCCAUAUUCCGUCGCCAUUACUGACCGACCUUUCUCGACCCCUUCAAAUCCCCUCUCUCUCUCUCUCUCCUUAAUUCCAACGCCAACGCCCCCUAAUUUUCUCUCCAACCAAACACUAAUUCUCUCCUUCCUCUCUAUCCUCCCCUUCAAAUUUGUUGUUUUCCUUUUCCUCCUUCGAAAUCACCUCAAGGAGAUAUGGCUCAAAGAACCGAAAAAGAAGAGACUGAAUUCAAAGUACCUGAAACCCUGACUCUAUGCGUUAACAACUGCGGGGUUACGGGGAAUCCAGCCACCAACAACAUGUGCCAGAAAUGUUUUAGUGCCACCACGGCCGCCACAUCCUCCUCUUCCUCUUCCACCAACAACACCGCUACUUCCGCUACCGACGAUAAAUCCUCGAGAUCUACGCCGACUCGUUCACAGGACAACCGAUCCGACUCCGCUCCGCCUACAACAGCUGCAACAACGGCAACAGCAACAGCAACGACGAAUAGUCCGAUGACUGCUUCAAAUCGGUCUGGAUACGAUACCGCGGAAAAGAAGUCGGUGAAUCGAUGUUCUGGUUGCAGAAAACGCGUUGGGUUGACGGGGUUCCGGUGUCGAUGCGGGGAGCUUUUCUGUUCGGACCAUCGGUACUCGGAUCGACACGAUUGUAGCUACGACUACAAGGCGGCGGGUCGCGAAGCCAUCGCUAGGGAAAAUCCCGUGGUUAAAGCAGCCAAGAUUAUCAGAGUUUAGUUUUUACCAAAUGGAUCCAAAUUAAAUUAAAUAAACUAUUCAAAACAUUUUUCGACCUGAAAAUAGCAAGUUGUGGAGAUCUAUGCUCGAUCUCAAAAAGAAAAAGAAAAAAGUAAAAAAAGACUGUUUCAGAGAGGGAGAAAUGAGUCGGUCGAAAUCUUGAUUGCAAAAAUUCCUGGAGAUGAACAAGAUUCUCUCUCCUCUGAUUCUUCUGGUUGGAUCAAAUCUAUAGUAUAUCAUAUCCCAUCUUUACUUUUUACUUUUUACAUUUUAUUAUUAAUUUAGAAACGAAAGAUUAUUGUGGUUUAUUAGUUGCAGUUGAUAUGUGUUACGGUGACUAGACCCCUUCCAUGAUCAAGAUCUUAUAUAUCGAGGCUUUGGUUUA